AUGACGCGUGUACUCUUUUCCUGUGCGCUGCUGUGUUUUGGCGGCAGCUUGGCUUGGCCUAGCUUGGGGAAAUCCUCAGAAAAUGACGGUGUGGUCUUCUGUUACUACGGAGAAUGGGCCAAUACGCGACCCGGAGCCGGCCGCUUCGGCGUCAGCGACAUACCCACGGAUCUCUGCACACACAUCGUCUACUCUUUCCUGACGCUAUUCGGACCCACAGGGAAUCUGAUUAUCCCUCUUGAAUCAACGCAUGAAGAGAAAAGCAAUUCCGUAGCGGAUCUAAUAGCCUUGAAACAGUCCACUGCCAAUUUAAAAAUCUUGGCCGCUAUUGGCGGUUGGGUAGAAGGUUCGGAUAACUUUUCACCGGUGGUCAACAAUGAUACUCUGAGGGCAACCUUCAUCAGCAACUUGUACGAGUACAUCGACACCAAUGGCUUCGAUGGCUUGGAUUUGGACUGGGAGUACCCUGCGCAACGAGGAGGCCUAGAGUCUGACAAGGUCAGUUUUGGCUAG